CUGAAAGAAAUAACUUUUUCGGAGCGUAGUUUAAAAUUUACAUGCUCUGAAGGAUAAAUAAAUCAAUUGAAAUAAUCGCAGUCAUUAACUUGUCAUCCAUUGAAAAAAAAAAAAAAAAAAAAAAAAAAAAAAAAACUUUAACACAAAGCUAAUAAAUGUUAUAAAUGUUUAUAAAAACUUGCCGCGAAAUUUAAUAACCUGCCGUAGUUCCAAUAGUUUCAACCAGAGGACACUGGGGUUUAGAUAUUAUGUCAGCUGUGAAAUGUUGACAUUUAAAAAUAAUCAAAAACGUGGCUGUGAUUGUUCUUCAGUAUCCCAAAGUUUUCUAUUAAAAAUGUAUUUAUUGUAUUGACCUAAGAAAUAUGUAGACUAACAACAGAUCUACAUAAUCACCUACCAAGUGACAAUAAACUUUCUGUUAUAAUUCAGAAUGUUGAAACUAUCCACUAAGGAAUUAUGGUUUCUGUUAAUCCAACUAUGUACUCGACGUCGAGCGAUGGUGAACAAACUAUGGUGUCGGAAAAUAAGUCGAGCAUGGUUAGAAACAAAGCAGACACCUCCGCAUCCAAGAUUGCUUACAGAAUCAAGGUUCAAAACAUACGCGCCCUGGUGGUAUGUCUACUAUCGUUGGUUCAUGAGUUUUGGUUGGAUUUCAAUAGUUAUUUGUUCAGUAUGGGAGAUAGGAAGCGCUGACCCAUUAGCCAGCAAAUAUGGAUCUCGUAAAUGGUUUGCUUAUUUAACAAACUGGCAUUUAACUUUUGGAGUUGCCCAGACGAUACUUGGUGCAACGCUGGUAACAAGACGAUGGUUACAUCAACGAUAUCCUGACUUUAAUCCAUACAAUAUCAAGUACACCUGCUUGGAAAAAAGUUACUGGUUCUUAUACAGCGUGACAGCAUCGCUGGCUAUUGGUGUUACAGUAGCCUACUGGAUUGCCAUUUACGAUCCAAAAAUUCACUUCGUGGACAGUGUUAAUUUAAUGCAACAUGCUCUUAACAGUAUACUUAUAAUAGUAGACUUAUUUAUUUGUGCCGUAACGAUACGGUUGCGUUGCUUUUGGUGGACUGUCGUUGUUAUUAUCAUUUAUUUAAUAUUUUCUGUUAUUUAUUACUCUGCUGGUGGCCUUGAUAGGAAAGGCUUUCAUUACAUUUACAAAAUUCUAGAUUGGAAAAAACCAGGUAUCUCAUUAUUAGUAUCAUUAGGUGGUAUUGGAUUUAUAAUUAUAGUUCACUGCCUACUUACUGGUCUAACGAGUUGUCUAGAACGUAUUACUAAGCCCAGUGACAAGAGUAUUCAUGAGCCACCAUUGUCGUCAGCUAAUAAUGAACAGAGGACUAAAGUUAGAGAUGUUGAAAUUGUUUGAAAUUAUUUUUAAUAAUUGAUUUUUUUUUUUUUUUUUUUUUUUUUUCAUGCUAAA